CGUCUCUGUACCUUCCUACCAACCUCCAUACCUCACCGCACACCCCCAACCCCAACAAAAUGCCCGACUCCUCUCCGCGCCCAGAAAGCAAAAGAGAGCGCAAACGCUCCCCAACCCCCAACUCCGAAGACGAGCGCCGCCGUCGACACCGCCGCCGCGAGCGCGAGGAUCGAGAUGGCGAGUCCAGAGACGCCACCGACAGCACGCGAAAAAGACACCACCACCGCGACGACGAUAAAACUCGCAGUUCCCACAGAUCAGACGAAGAGGGCGUAUCAGCUACUAAACGCCGCCGCUCUAGGAGUCCGAGGGAUGGAGAGUCCUCCCGCCGACACCGUCAAGGACGAGAGCACGGGAGAGAGAAUAGACACCGCGACCGGUCCCGCGACAAAGAUUCGAAACCCAGAUCCCCACGCCGUGACCGCGAUCGCGACUCUAAACACCGAUCCCCGCGCCCGAGAAGCCGCGACCGAAACCGCGAUGUAGACCGCGAUACGAGACCUCUUUCCAACGCGCCACCCUCGCCGAUGCGGAAGAGCAACGCGCCCCUCCCGAGUCAGCAGGAUAGUUUCUCCAUGAUCCGCGGUGGCGGGCACGGCGGUGGUGGACGUGGUGGAUUCGGUGGCAGUCGCGGAGGUCGCGGCGGCGGACAUGGCGGAGGAGGACGAGGCGACGACGACAACGCCCUAGUCCCCCACGACGGGGCUCCCCCGCCAGAGAAAAAACAACCCAACUUCGCCCCCACCGGCCUCCUCGCCGCCGAAACCAAAACCGUUACCACCUCCACCGGCGCCGCCAUCGUGCUAAAAUACCACGAGCCGCCCGAAGCGCGCAAGCCCCCCCCCCGCGACGCCUGGAAGCUCUUCGUCUUCAAGAACAGGGACAUAGUCGAUACGAUCGACCUGGGCAGCCGGAGCUGCUGGCUCAUCGGGCGGGACGCCUCGAUUGCGGAUUUACCAGCUGAGCAUCCGAGUAUCAGUAAGCAGCAUGCAGUUAUACAGUUUAGGUUCGUGGAGAAGGUGGAUGAGUAUGGGGAGAGGAAGGGGGGGGUGAAGCCGUAUUUACUGGAUUUGGAGAGUGCGAAUGGGACGAAGCUUAAUGGGGGAGUGGUGGAGGGGGCGAGGUUUGUGGAGGUUAGGGGGGGAGAUUUGUUGGCGUUUGGGGAGAGUACGAGGGAGUAUGUUGUUAUGCUGCCGAAGGACUAGAGGGGGGCGGUAAAGGAUUGGGUGUCGCUGUUGUUGUCGGUACCGGUGGUCUGGGUAGGGUUUGCUUGGGCGAGGGAAGGGAUCGUGGAGGGGAGAUGCGGAAUACCGGAGUGAAGAAAAUCGAAAUAUCGCUAUUGAAGAAGCAGAGCUCACGUGGCCAUACCCGGUGAGUAUAAUCGACGACACCGACAACGCCGGCCGCCCAUGCGCCAACUGCCAUCCCAACCGCGGAACUUCUUCCAUCCCACUCCCUCCUCCCCGCCGGCGCUUUCCGCAUCGCCGUCCGCAGAUUCCCAUGCCAAUACCGACAGUACCCUCCUCCAAUACCACCUCACCUCACGCGGCGCCGACAUGACAGCGGAAUCCACACCAGAAUCAUCUGAAGUAUAUAUAUAUGCAGGUGCGCGAACCGCUCACGCGGCGGCCAGAAAGCCGUUUUAGGGACCGACCGACCGCUGCCUGUCAACGGCGGAUGUGGCUGCCUCAUGGAACGUGUGUGUGAGCAGGAGCAGGUGCAGGGACUGACGAUCUGCUCAUCUAGGGUGCUAGAUCUGAUCUUGCAUGAGACGGGCCGCGGAGAUGAUCUCCGAUCUGGAUCUGACUGGCUGUCAGAUUCCUCACUAUACUGUUGCUUUGCUUUGUAUCGUAGUUGUACAUGUAUCACACCGUUGUAAGAUACCGCCGGACUGGGUGUAGAUAGAAAAACCCCUGCUAGUCGAUCGCGACAGGGGGAGAUCUUAAACAUGAAAUGCCAUCCCAAGUCCGGAUGAAAUGAAAUGACCCUCGUGCAACGUCCGCCGAUCGGGGGACUGGUGACACCUACGUACCGGUGGCUGACCUACCCG